AUAUACUAGUAAUCUGUGUCUGUUUCCUUAUUCAUUGGGUAAACUACAAAAAUCAAUUGCUUAUCAAUUGUUUUAUAUGAUUCUAUAGAUUUUGUCGAAAUGUGGGUUUUUGGUUAUGGCUCACUAAUAUGGAAAGUCGAUUUUAAAUACGAGUUAAAAGCCGUGGGAUAUGUAAAGGGUUACCUUAGAAGAUUUUACCAACACAGCAUUGACCAUAGGGGAACUCCCGACAAGCCUGGCCGAGUUGUAACACUGAUACGGAGUGUUGAUCCGAACAGCGCAGUAUGGGGAGUGGCAUACAAGAUCAGAGAUGAGGAUGUUGAGGAAGUGACACAACAUCUGGAUUAUCGAGAGAAAAACGGGUAUUCCAAGAAAGAUGUGAUGUUUUAUCCAAAGGACAAAAGUGUACCGUUUUCCUUAACUAUCUAUGUGGCGACACAGGAUAACGAGUCAUAUGCAGGUCCGGCACCUAUAGCAGAUAUUGCAAGGCAGGUACUAACCAGUGUUGGUCCGAGCGGACCUAACAAAGAAUAUGUUUACAAUCUCGCAGCAGCUAUAAGACAGAUGGGGGUUGAUGAUGAUCAUUUAUUCAGCUUGGAAGAGGAGUUAAAACGAAUCGAUUCCGAUUCAAGGUGAAUCAUUGAGCACAACAUUACUAAUUGGUCUAAACUAGUGAUAAUGAAACCACAGAAGUGUAUUGUUUUCCUUAUGCUUUGUAUGUUUUGAAUAUAUAUUUAUAUGUUA